GGCUGCGCCGAGCGGGGCGAACAUGGCGGCUCCCUGGUGGCGAGCCACGCUGAACGGCGGUCGUCGAUGGCGGGCCUUCAGCACCUCGGCUGCCUGCAGCCGCCGGACUGCCCCGCUGGGGCCGAUGCCCAAUGAGAACAUAGAUGUGAGCAACCUGGAGCGGCUGGAGAAGUACCGGAGCUUCGACCGCUACUGGCGCCAGGCGGAGCCGGAGGCGCGGGCGCCGCGCUGGUGGCGGACCUACUGGGAGCAUUUCGGGAAGAAGUCAGAUCCUGAAGACAAGAUCGACAUCGGGCUGCCUCCACCCCAGAUCUCCCGGCCCCAGCAGCUGCUGGAGCGGAAACAGGUCCUCCGGGAGCUUCGAGCCAAUACAGAGGAGGAGCAGGCCGCCCGGCUCCGCACAGCGCGGAUCCCACUGGAGGCGGUUCAGGCUGAGUGGGAGAGGACCUGCGGCCCCUACCACAAGCAGCGGCUGGCCGAGCACUACGGCCUCUACCGGGACCUGUUUCAUGGCGCCACCUUCGUGCCCCGCGUCCCCCUGCGUGUGGCCUACGCUGUGGGCGAGGAGGACCUGGUGCCUGUGUACCAUGGCAACGAGGUCACUCCAACCGAGGCCUCCCAGGCCCCAGAAGUGACCUAUGAGGCAGAUGAGGGCUCGCUGUGGACAUUACUACUCACCAACGUGGAUGGCCACCUGCUGGAGCCAGACGCCGAGUACGUCCACUGGCUGGUGACCAACAUCCCAGGCUGCCGGGUGGCUGCGGGGCAGGAGACAUGUCCCUACCUGCCCCCGUUCCCUCCCCGAGGCUCCGGCUUCCACCGCCUUGUCUUCCUGCUCUUCAAGCAGGACAAGCAGAUUGACUUCUCUGCGGACACCCGCCCCUCACCCUGCUGCCAGCUCACCCAGCGGACCUUCCACACCUUUGAUUUCUACAAGCAGCACCAGGAAGCCAUGACUCCAGCGGGCCUGGCCUUCUUCCAGUGUUGCUGGGAUGAUGCAGUGACCCACGUCUUCCACCACCUUCUCAACAUGCGGGAGCCCGUGUUUGAGUUUGUGCGGCCUCCCCCUUACCACCCCAAGCAGAAGCGGUUCCCCCAUCGGCAGCCCCUGCGCUACCUGGACCGGUACCGGGACAGUCACGAACCCACCUACGGCAUCUACUGA